UUGGGUCACAAUUGUAAUGUUACAUGUGUUAGGGCCAUUAUGUAAUUAGCCAAAGCAUCAGUGGUCUAAUUAAUAAUAUAUAAGUCUAUGGCUAAAAGCAUAAAUAUCAUGAAAGACAAUUUAUUGUGUAGAUACCAUAAGUCAAUAUCUAAUUUGAUGAGGGGCCAAAUUAGAAAAUUGAAAAAUAGGAAAUAACCCUAAGGUUAUUUAUAGGGGUUAUGGUCCCCAAUUGCAGAAUAACGUGAAAACGGCGCUCAUACAAAAGUUCUCUCUUCAUCCCCAUCAGAGGAGGUUUCAGGAGCCAAUAAGGAAUUCUGCGAUUGGAAGAUCACACAUACCCGUGACCUUUGAUCAUCACCUAUGACGAACUCAAACUCAGCUACAAUUGCUUCAAUAUCUGCUAAUCUGAAUUCGGUUCCGGUCCUUAAUGGGGCAAAUUUCAAGGACUGGAAAGAGGACAUGAAAAUUGUUCUUGGCUGCAUGGAUUUCGACCUUGCAUUAAGAAAGGAGCAGCCUACUUCUCCUACGGAAACUGCUACCUCUGAACAGAGGGCAUAUUAUGAGAAGUGGGAUCGCUCCAACCGCAUGUGUCUAAUGAUCAUUAAGCGCGGCAUUCCUGAGGUCUUUAGAGGUACUAUAUCAGAAGAUAUAACUAAUGCUAAAGAUUUCCUUGCUGAGAUUGAAAAGCGCUUUAAGAAAAGCGAUAAGGCGGAAACAAGUACUCUUCUUCAGAACUUGAUUUCCAUGAAGUAUCAAGGCAAAGGAAACAUAAGGGAAUAUAUCAUGAGCAUGUCGAAUAUCGUUUCAAAACUUAAGGCACUAAAGCUUGAGCUGUCUGAAGACUUACUCAUUCAUUUAGUAUUACUUUCUCUUCCUGCACAGUUUGGUCAGUUUAAGAUAUCUUAUAACUGUCAGAAGGAGAAAUGGACUCUUAAUGAGCUCAUUUCAUUUUGUGUGCAAGAAGAGGAAAGGAUGAAACGUGAUAAAACAGAAAGUGCUCAUUUUGCUAGCACCUCUAAAGACCAGGGCAAAAGAAAGAAAACUCAUGAGCCCAAGAAUGAAGCUGCAAGUGUUCCAGCACAAAAGAAACAAAAACAGGAUGAAAAUUGUUUCUUUUGCAAAGAAUCUGGACAUGUGAAGAAGAAAUGUUCUAAAUAUCACGCUUGGCGUGCAAAGAAAGGGUUGCCUAAACUACCGGAAGCCAAAUGAUGUUGAAAGAUACAUCUAUGUUGGAGAUG